GCAGCAAGACAACAGACACGCAAGACCUGCGCCUGUGUUUGUCGGCGUGGAGGUUCUCUCAUCUGGCCGUCCUGGAGUUCCAUCAUGAAGCUAUAGUUUUGCAUUGUCUGGGACAUGUUCCACUUCAAGGGAUCCGUCAAAGUCGGCGAGGUCUAUCACUUUGAUAUCGAGGUGAAGCGCGAUGAGCUCGUCAACACGAUUGACAGCAUCAGCUCAUCUGGGGAGGACGCCAAAGAUGCGCGUGAACUGCAUCUACGCGUCAAGAAUACAACAAGCGCGUUGAUGCGACCGGCAUACCUUGCAGGUCCCUAUAUCCUCUACACAGCAAUUCACGAGUCCGACUAUAGACACGACACGCCCGUCGGGGAACACGAUCAUCGGCCGCACUUUGAUGCCAAUGUCAAGGCAAGCAGCUCUCGUUGGCAAAAGUUACCUAUUGAGCCUCACAAGUCCAAAGGCAAAGCAAUGCGGACCUUUCAUCUCGAGGUUGCAUCGCAAAGCUUGUUUUCUCCGAGUGCGACGACUUACUUUGAAGUGACGCUUGGCUGGAAUGAAGCUGAAGUGCGCAAGCUGGCGCGAUCAGGCAAAGCGAUGGAGAGUGUCACGCCUGGAUUACAGGUACGUGUCCAUGACACUUGGUCACUUUGGCAAAUGCAUCCAGUCGAGCGGGAUCACGCCGGUCACCACGUCUCUCGAGCUCGCGUUGUGCGACCACCUACCGUGUUGAGUCGCGACAGUGAUGGCAACUUAUGUGAUCAUCUUGUUGUGUUAACGCAUGGCAUCCACUCCAAUUUGACAGCUGACAUGCUGUACCUCAAGCAGGUUAUUGAAAGGACUUCGAAAGCGCAAGGUGGACGCACUGUGUGUAAAGGUUUUGCAGCCAAUGCAUGCAAUACAGAGCGUGGUGUACGAUGGCUCGGCAAACGUGUUGCUGAAUGGGUCCUUAAUGAAACUGGAUGGGUGUUUGAGUCAGAUGGUCAGAUCUACCGACAGCCAAAUCAGUACAAGCGUAUUUCAUUCAUUGCGCACAGUCUUGGAGGUCUUGUACAAACCUACGCACUUGGCUGGCUGCAUGAUCGGACAUUUGGUGGGUUUCUGGAUGCAAGUGAUAUUGGAUUGGAGCCAGUCAACUUCAUCACACUAGCAACUCCCUGGCUUGGUAUCUCGGCCGAGAAUCCUGCAUAUGUGAAGCUAGCACUCGACUUUGGCGUGGUUGGCAAGACGGGACAAGACUUGGGAUUGACGGUGAAACCGCUCGGCACCUACUCUAGCUACUCUGGCCCUGAUGCAGCGGCAAAAACUACUAGUGGGCCAGCCAAAGUACGUGCCACAAGACCUCUGCUGCGGCUAUUGUCUGAAGAUGAGUCGCCCUGCAGACGGGCCAUCUCGCUCUUCAAACGGCGGACGGUGUAUGCCAAUAUCGAGAACGACGGCAUCGUACCGUUACGAACAUCUUCACUGUUCUUCCUUGACUGGGAAGGCAUGGAAGCUACGCAUGCUCAGCAUGAGUCGGCUGGCGUCGCUCAAUCACAAACACCGCCCAAGCUCAGCGAUUUUGAUUCUAGCCCCGAGUCAUCCGACCAUGAUGCUACCACACAGACGCCUGUGAGUGCUGGCCCAGACAUCAGUGUUGCCUCGUCGUCGCCCAUAGAACCUAGCGAGGCGGCCCAAACCAGGGAUCCUACCAGGCUAUCACUGACGGGCGCCGUUCGAGGCGUUGGUUCGCUCAUCAGGCGAGUCUCUCAAGGCGCGGUCAAAGCGGAUGAGGUUGGCGGUGCACCGGAAUCAAACGCAGGCACAGCCGUGUCUGACAAAUCCCCAAGCGAGGUGGCAGGGCAACAUUCGCAUUCGACGGUGCUCGAUGUGAUUAGCAACUACCUCAAGCCACAGAGUGGCUCCAAUACUGCAGCACCGACAGGCCAUGCGCAAGGAGUCAAACAGACCAAGAAACCUUCCAAGGCAUUCAGACGCUCUCAAACAAUUGGCAUGUCAGAGCAAGAUGGUAAAGAGCCUCAGCAACUCAUUGAGCCGAAGCAUACGAGUUUUCUGCGCGCACUUGAAGCUGUCAUUCGUCCACCGGGACCGGAUUUUGCCUUCAUCUAUGAUCCUGCAAGUCGACCGAAGCAAACCAUUGUGCAUGAUCGUCUGUACAAGCCGAGCGAUAUCCCACCACUCAAACCUGCAACGGCCAGCAAGUCAUCCUCCCUCAACACACAUGACAGCGACUUGCCCAUCACUGAAGAUAUCGCAGCCCUGGACGAUGCUGCCACGCAUAAAUUGCAGCGUGCUAGAAAAGCUGCUGCUGAAGCAAGUUCUUCCUCCCGUCAAGCUGCUGUACGUCUUGAAAAAGUGAGGUUGGAGGAACGUAUUGCGCGUAAUUGGCACCGUGAUAUGGAGUGGCGAAAAGUGUUGGUUCGCUUGUUGCCGGAUGCGCACAACAAUAUCAUUGUGCGUCGACGUUUCGCCAAUAGUUAUGGAUGGCCUGUUUUGGAUCACUUGUGCGAGCAUCAUUUUGGUGCAGAGGCGGAAACGGAGAAGCUUGAUCGGACUGCCGAAGAGGAAGCAGAGGCAGCAGAGUUGGAACGUGUCUUGAGUGACGGACAAACCAGCAUGCGUGCUUCUGUGCGACGGCAAAAAUCAUGGGACGCAGCGACACUGCAUGAAGCCUUGCUUGAUAACCAAGGUGCUUUUCAGGAGAAGGAUGAGGAAGACUUUUGGUCGUCGGAUGCAGAGGAAGAGGCGGAAGUGCUUGCAGAAGGGUCAACAGAGCAUGAAGAGCGUGACGAACAAAUAAUACGGAUGAGCGAAGUCAGUGCUGGGUUGUAAUUUGGGUGGCGGCAUCAUGGGGCAUUUAUCAGGCUAAUGAUACAUGUAACCUGGUUAAGGCUAUUCUUUCUUGACACGCAUAAUCAUUAGUUUCAUAAAGGGUGCAUAUCAAAACUGGCAUUCGUCUAAGCUGUAUAUUUGUACGGAUCUAGCAGAUUUCCUAUCGAGUCA